AUGGGUGGCUCGCGUGGUAAGUUGAUCGGCGUCCGCGUGGCAGGAACACCAUUAUUGACUCGCCCUUGCGUCCGUCUAGUUCGCUCAUUUAUAUCAAACUUCGGUGGCUCGAAGAACAACGACUCUAAGAGAGAAAGCAAGAGACUGUCGAGGAACGUGGCCCCGUCGGAAAUACCGCCCCGCUGGCAUACACCUUCCCCCGAAACGCCCUCGCCUCCCUCUGAAUUGUCUCCUGCCAACGGUGCCACGCCUAGAAAUGAUGGCACAGGCUCGCGACCUCCCUCGGUGAUCUUCUCGCGUAACCCGCCUCUGAUGGAACACGCCGAGGAUACCCCACCGGAGCUCUCGCCAAUUUUCUCCUUUCUCAAUAUCCAUACCAACAAGGUCUACCAAGAAGGUUAUUUCUUGAAGCUGAAUGACCAGGAUGCAUACGGGCGGCAGACCGCCGAUCGCCAGUGGACAGAAUGCUAUGCCCAACUGUCCUUUCUCUCUGGGAGGCGGCUGCGCUGGACGCGGCAAACGGAGAAGAACCCCCCCGCGACCUUCAUUAACCUGGCUGAUGCGUCGAUCAAGAUGAUCGAGACACUACCAAUUCGCAACGGAGCAGUCGCACCUUUGAAGAAUGUCCUCAGUCUUUCCUCUGCCGGAAAGAAUCGAUACUUGUUACAUUUCAGCUCGUUCCAUUCAAUGAUCCAAUGGACGGCUGCAAUUCGCCUCGCCAUGUACGAGCACACAUCCUUAUAUGAAGCUUACACCGGCUCUCUUAUCGCUGCCAGAGGCAAAACGCUUCCGGGAAUCCAGUCCAUUUUGGUACCCACCAAGUUCAAGCACGAGGAUUGGGCACGUGUGCGAUUUGGCGCGGGAACGCCGUGGAGACGAUGCUGGUUUGUGAUUAAUCCGCCAAAUCAGAAGGAUCUCCAGAAAGCCCGAAAGGCAAUGAAGAAGUCUGCCUAUGACCGCUUGUCGAUCCCGGUCCUUGGAAACAUUCAAUUCUUUGAAACCAAGAAGACCAAGAAGGUACAACCAAUCGCCACCAUCACCGAUGUGUACUCAGCCUAUGCUAUUUACCCGCAGUCCAAAGCCCUCAUUGAUCAAUCGACACUGGUGAAGCUGGAGGGCCGAAUCCAUAUGCACAAGCAACCCGAGUCUUCCGCAGACGGCUUGGUUUUUGUCAUGCCUGAGCUGCAUGCCGCUGUUUCUGGUUUGGAAACCAUGCUUCGUUUCUUAUUCCCGACUUUCGAUACUUUCAACCUUUAUGGCCGCCCAACCCGCCUUCUCGCCGACACAAACCACAUCAAAAGCAUCAUGUUUGCUUUCCCCAAGCAGCGUCGUUAUGGUUAUCUAGAUGUCUUGGAUAUCACCAACCUUCUCCAGAUCGCCGGAAGUCAGGAAUGGAGCGAGGCAGAAUGGAGGAAACAGUUAAAGGAAGCGACACAAAAGCGUAUAUCUGCCGGUCGGAGUCGAACAAGCAGUAUUCACAGCAGUAGGCCGCGCUACCGCUCGAGUAUAUCCGUCCGCAACGGUGACGGACCACUCAACCGUCUUCGUCAACCCUUCUCUCCCCUUGAAGGCAAGCCAGAAUUUAAUCAUUCUGCAGAAGCUGUCAUUCACGAGGUUCCAAGAAAUGAGCCCCCGGUUUAUCACUCUCGUGGAAUUUCAGACAUCACGGGCAUGCAGACAGGGCCUAGACUUGGACAGGGCUCGAACGAAAACUCACCUCUCUCAUCUGCUCAGGAUUUGGUGCAACGUGAGAAUGCGCAAGGUGCUGUAGCGCCCAUUGCUGAGCGCACUAGCUCGGAGAGUGAUCGAACCACUGCCGAACUUGUCCACCCUGUCUUGAAUGGAGAACAAUUCCCACCUCGCACUCCUCCGUCUCCUAUUGCUAGCCCACCGUCUUUUGUCCAUGGACCUCGGUCGAUGCCCGAUAAUCGGCCCGAAAUGACCCUGGAGCAGAAAAGGGCCAAUAACAGAAUGUCCCAUGCUACUCUGACACAGCUAACGUCUGUUGGCACAAUGGGUAUGGCCGGUACUUCUGGCGCUUUGCGCAACCAGCAUUCCAAUUCAAGCCUCAAUUAUCGGUCACAAGACCAGUAUCCUAAUAAUGGCCUAUCUCCAGCGCAGGCUGCAUACAUGAACCCGAACCUCACGCAUUCUUCGAGUGAUGAAGGCAUCGGUAUUACGAUUCCUGCGCGAUCCCCGCAGACCACAGACCAACGUCCAGCAACUCCCAGUACCAGCGGCACUCCGUCACCCCAGCGACGCGUGAAUGUCGAAGUUCCCAAGGCUGUCAAGCGCAAGCCUCUUCCUCAAAGACAGAUUCUUGGACAGGAACCCCUCUCGCCCGACGGAGAGCCGAGCUUUGAUGAUCUUCGGCACACUUUAGAUGAAGAUGCGUUGAACCGAAUCGCCCCUCAAUUUCCGUCAUCCGCUUCCCAUCUCCAACAACAGACUGAGGACGAGAGCGUAUACGACGAUGCUUCGACUGUUUCUCCGGACUAUGCAAGUACACACGAAUCUAUCUACAGCAAGGAGUCCCAAAAUUCGGUGACCAGGCCAAGAAUGGGUGUCAUGAAGACUGUUGGGAUGCCAGCCAAGCAGGAUCUUGUCAUUGGUGACGCUCAUUACUCCACGGAAAGGCCUGCCGAGGCCAACUCCGAUAUUCCUACUGUCGACUUUGGCCCCACAUUGACCUACAUGCCUACCACUCGACGUCCGAGCACGGGGGACACUUUGCGCAAGGCUUCAACUCCUCGGAAUGACUUGGAUGCUGCAGAGCGCUACAAGCUGUCGGUCCCGACAAGCCCAAUGGACAGGGGACACCAGCGAUCUCCAAGCCAGGAAGAAUAUCGACGAAGCGUCUUGUGGCAGCCUGGAAUGGCCAUCAAUCGCCCUGUUACUCCUGCCGGAGGCCUUACCCCGGAACAGUAUGUCCAGCAGCGAGCAGCACCUAGUCCCCCGGUGCAUAUGCAUCACCGUUCCCCAUCUAACAACACGCCGCCACAGCCCCGACCAGUAUCUGGUGACUGGGCCAACCAGAUGCGGCCCAAUUCUCGCAUGACCGCUCAUCAGGAUCCCAACUACCGUCCCUCGUCGCGUGGCACCGGAAUUGUGCUGAACAACUACAACGAUUUUUCGAACAAUCUUUCUGCUCGUGAGCAGGAGCAUGUUGCCCGCGUGACUGGCUCUUCAUUUUUCAAUUUGAGCCACGCCAAUAAGACUCCUCAACCUCAAGUUCAAGGCGGGGGUUUAGUCUCGACAAUUGACGCCCGUGAACGUGAGAAGCGUGAGAUGAGGGAGGGGAUGUCGAAUCUGAUGGUUCAGCAUGCCAUCGCGCAUCGACAGCAGGUUAUGAACCAGCAACCCUAUGCUCCAGAAUACGCCGGUUCAAUGUACCAUCCCCAGCAACAUCUUCCGCAGCCCAUGUAUAACCUCCCUGGAGCCAGCCAUACCUGGGAUGCCUUGCACCAAAUGAACCGCCUUGAUGAGCCCCGAAGAAGCUCUUGGUAUGGACAAAUUCCCCAGACCGCCGCACAAGUUCCGCCGAGCUACCAACAAAGCCGCCAAUAUUCUACUGGAGAAUUUCCGAACAACUAUAACGCCAUGCGUUAUUGA